UGGUUGCUGCUUCAUCCCUCUCCCAACGACGACGAGGUGCGAAACUGAAUUUGGAAAGAGUAAAGUUUGGAUGUUUUUGAUGGGGCGAUGCUGCCUGAAUUCCUCUUAUAACUUAUAACUUAUUAUCUUUUUUAAUUUUAUUCCAUGCCAAACCCUUGUUUCUUUCAAUUGGGUUGAAGUCUUUUCCUUGUCAAUUUCCCCAAUUCAGAGAAUUAGGUAUCUUCCCAUCAUGAUUAUGUAAAUUAAUUUCCUUCUUAGUUAAAUUAGAGAAUAAAGUCUGUUCCUUUUCCAUUUAGGAAACUAUAUGUAUUCUUAAUCCUUGUGCUAUAUGGAUUCCCUGUGUCCUUAUUUAAUAUCCUAAGUAUGUAUGUUUUUCGUUGAGUAAAAAAUAAUGGAUGAUAGACUAAGCGAGGAUUUAGUAGUUGAAAUUCUGUGUAGACUUCCGGUGAAGAGUCUGAUGCAAUGUAAGAGGGUUUCAAAAGGCUGGUACAACCUCAUCUCUAAUGUUUGUGCCCCCAACAUCUCUCGCAUUUCAUCCGCUAUCCCUUCUGGUUUUUUGUUCAUUUUUGUAUGCAAAAAAACUUCCGUUUAUGAUAGAGCCUAUGUUUCUUAUCCACAAGGUCGUUAUUGUGAUAACAAUUGUUCAGGUUUUCUCAGAUCUUGUACUGUACUCUUACCACACAGACCCUUUAAACUGCAUGAUGCUUGCAACGGCUUGCUUUUAUUUUUUUCAGCUGAUGGUCGCUAUUACGUCUGCAACCCAACUACCAAGCAGUGCAUUGCUGUUCCUUAUGUCCAACGCAAAUAUAGAUCUUAUGUUGCUUCGCUUGUUUUUGAAAAUUUCAUGUCGCCACACUACAAAAUUAUCCGGUUUCCUGAUUUAAAGGCCGGUUGUGGCUUUAUAGAUCUCGAUGUAUUCUCUUCAGCCACUGGAAACUGGGUGAAGCAAAAGUUACGCAUUGAACAAUCGGUUUUUAGUUCUGUUGAGUACAUUGUGCGCACUGUUUAUUUGAAUGGAAAGCUAUACAUGCAAUCUAUGUCGGAGUAUCUCCUUUGUUUUGACUUGGACAAUCUUAUUGCUAAGGCCAUUCAGCUGCCUGUUGCUUAUUCUAAAUACAAGUUUGGCUUUAUUGGCCUUUCCAAAGGGCAAUUAUAUUAUGCCAAUCAUGAUUCUUCCAAAUCCAAGUUUUGUUUUUGGAUUCUUGAGAACUGUUUUUGGAGAUUGAAGCACUGUCUUUCAAUUAGUCAUUUGAUGUCUUUAAGUCCCCAAGUUAGAGAACUGUGCAAGGAUGGUAUCUCUACAAAUUUUAUGCCCUAUGCUAUUCAUCCAAGUGCUGAUAUUGUAUUUCUUGGAUUCCCUACUAUGCUCCUCAGUUAUAAUCUUCAAGAUGGAAAAUUGGAAGUCAUCUUUAAAAUGGUCAAAGGCAGAUUAAUAUUCGGAGGCAAACAUUUUGUCUUCCUUUACACUCCCAGCUUUAUUGUUCUCAAGGACUUCACCAAGCACCCUCCUCAAUCUUCAUUGAUUUAGGUUUUAUCGCUUGCUUUGAAGCUGAAGACGCACUGCCUAGAGGAAUUAGAGAUGAAACGGAGUAUUUUUGCAGUUUAGAUGCUUGCAGAUUUAUGACUGGUAAUGAAGGUGAUAACUGCAGCAGUAAGAGCUCUGAUAUGAUAUCCAUACAUGUAUGAUAAGGCAUCCAUCUAUUUUCAAAAUCUAUGAAGUCAAAUACUCUGUGGGGAUUUCUGGUUGAGAUUUUUUAAUACAAUGGUAUGUGGGACUUUGUCUCUUUCUUAGGGGAGCAAAAACCGAACCAAAUCGUUUAACCAAACCGAAUUGGACCAAAAAAACCGAACCGAAAAAAAUAGUGGUUAAUAUGUUUUAGUUUGGUUUAAAAUUUAUAAAAUUUUCGGUUUUCGGUUUUAAUUUGGUUUUUAGGUUCGGUGACCGAACCGAAUCGAAAAAACCGAAAUAAAUUAUGAGGGUUCUUUUAGACAUUUAUACACAAUACUAUAUAUACCCCCUUUAAAACCAAAAACCCUAAUUUUCCAUAACUGCUGCCGCCUCAUCUCCUCUCCCUUACCAUUUUUCCCUAAGGGCAUCUCCAAGGGAAGUCACCAUUUUUCCCUCACCAUUUUUCAAUUUGGUGAAUUUUCACCAAAUCCACUCCAAUGGUCAUCACCAAAUUCCUCACCAAAAAAACUACUUUUUUACUUUUUAAUAUAAUAAUCAUUUUUAAUUCUUAACAUUUUAUACACUUUUUACCAAUUACACCCACAAACUAAUUUAUGCUCAUAUUCGUACGAAUUAUAAUAUUAUUCAUAUUUUUAAAAAUAAAUUGCUAUAUAUUUUUUUAAUUAUGAAUAUUUUAUAAAAUUUAAUUUAUAUUAAAAUUAUUUAAAAUGAACAUUAUAUUAAUUUAUUUAAAUUAACAUAAUAAAAAAACUAAUAUAAACAUUACAUUAAUUUAUUUAAAUUAACACAACAUAAAAACUAAAAUUAUAUCAUUGUCUCGUUAAAUUAUUUAAUAAGUAAGUAAUUAAUUAAAUAAAACUAUAAAUUAUAUGUAUUAAAAUGUAAAUUAACCAUAUUAUUAUAUUCAAAAAUUGAAAUGGUGAAGGAAAAAUUCCUUCACCAUUUUUGAUGAAAGAGAGUGUGAGGGAGUCACCAAAAUGCAUUUUGGUGACUCCCUUGGAGAUGGGGAGUCAUCAAUUCCCAUUUUGAUAACUUCCCUUGGAGAUGGUCUUACCAAACCCUUACCCAUUUUUUCCUCUCUUAUUUUCUUUCCCAAUAUAUCAAUCUUUCUUCUUUAUCAAACAUAAAUCAAGUCAAAUAAACCUAAUAUUUCUCAUCUAAAAUCCAUUUUUACUAAGAUGCUCACCAGACACCACUACGAGAUGCUCAUCCUCUCCUCUGGUAAGUUGUCGCCGGUCUUUUGCGCUCCGCCCGCCACCGCUACCGCUGUUAGAGCCUUUACCACUCCGGUUGCUAUCAACGGCCACUUACAUCCACCGAUGGUUUUUUUUUCAAGGAGCAGAAGAAUUAUUGCUGGUGAUUUAUGAUUGAUUAUUUUAGUUUUAAAUAUUAAAUUAAAAUGUAAAACAAUUCAUAUAAAAUCGUUUAAUGUAAUUAACUUCUCAUUUA